AUGCCGCAGCGCUCGCCCUUCGCCAUCCAGGAGCUGUUGGGCCUUAACGGGGCCGGCAAUCCAAUUGGCUCCGGCAACAACAACAACAACAACAACAACAACAACAACAACAAUAACAACAACAAUGGCGAGAGAGGUUCGCCCCAGAGCUCGCCGCCGGUCGGCGUCUCUGCUGUUUCUUACGCCCCGGCGGCGCCCCAUCACAAACUCUGGGAUUACAUGGCGCCCCUAACCAACCAUCUCGGCAACCUUGGCAACCUCACGGCUUCGCGCAUGGCUUACCUCAACGCUCAGGCGGCCGUGGCAGCGGCCUUCCUCCCGCCGCCCCAUCACCCACAUCCGGCACACCACGUGGCGCACCACCAGGUGCACCAGCCCGGACAGCUCACGGGACAGUCACCCGGAGCCCUGGGCGUUCAUCCGGCUGCGCACGCGCAGCACAUCAUAUCCGGCACCGGAGUCGCCGGCAAUCACCACCAGGGCAGUCCCACUCAGCACAGCUCGCCUCACGGCUUUGCACAAUCGAAAAAUUCAUUUUCAAGUUCAAGUCCAGGUAUUGGCCACAGCAUUGAAUCAGGAAAAGACUUUACAGUUGACGGACUUUCAGGGUUUAGUAAAAAGAAAAAGAAGAAGCGUCGACAUAGGACGAUCUUCACGUCUCAGCAACUGGAAGAAUUGGAGGCAGCAUUCAAAGAGGCUCACUAUCCUGACGUCUACGCGCGUGAAAUGUUGAGUCUUAGGACGGAUCUUCCUGAAGAUAGGAUACAGGUUUGGUUCCAAAAUCGAAGAGCAAAAUGGCGUAAGACUGAAAAAUGUUGGGGAAGGAGUACCAUAAUGGCGGAAUACGGCCUCUAUGGAGCAAUGGUGAGACAUUCGCUGCCGCUGCCCGAAACCAUACUAAAAAGUGCCAAGGAAAACGAGUCCGUUGCGCCCUGGCUUCUCGGGAUGCACCGGAAAUCCAUCGAGGCCGCGGAGCACCUUAAGUCCGGGGGCGAGGAUAGCGGCAACGAUCACGGGGGUAGUGGGAGCAGUCCGUCCCACCACAAUCAUCACCCGGGUGGGCCGACGAGCUCCGAGAGCGGCCAGGAAAGUCAGGACGGCAUGGGUCCUUCCUCGUCCUCGGGCAUCGUCCAGGACACGGAGCAGCUGAGGAACGAGAGCAUCGCCUGUCUAAGGGCGAAGGCUCAACAACACCAGCUGCAACUGAGCCUUCAGCCGACCACCGGGACACCCGGGACGACUUCGUACUCAGCAGGGCCGCCUACCGGCACACUCCAUGCCUCCGUCUAA